GUUUUACUUAUCAGAACUCAAGUCAGAGAAAAGUCAUGUCAAAAUGUAAACAAAUGUAUAAUUUAACUCUUAGAUUUAGCGUUUAAAUGUAGAAGAGUGUCAUUUCUGACAUUGUUACUAUUAGAGGCAGUCAUAAUUCAUCUGACUGCUGAGCCAAUGGCUGAUUUUUGUUCCAGCGCGAUUCUGUCAGUUACAGGCGUGACUUUUGUCCAAUCAGAUUGCUCGGAGCGGCUGUGGGGCGGGACCAAAAUGCAGAGCUAACUUUUUGACAGACGGAAUGUGGACAUUGUCGUAAUCAAAGCCAUGGCUGACAAAAGAAAACUUCAAGGUGAGAUCGAUAGAUGUUUAAAAAAAGUAGCUGAAGGUGUAGAACAGUUUGAAGAUAUUUGGCAAAAGCUCCACAAUGCAGCCAACGCGAAUCAGAAGGAAAAAUACGAGGCGGACCUCAAAAAAGAGAUUAAAAAAUUGCAGCGAUUGAGAGAUCAAAUAAAAACAUGGCUGGCCUCGAAUGAGAUCAAAGACAAAAGGCAGCUAGUUGAGAAUCGCAAACUCAUAGAGACGCAAAUGGAGCGAUUCAAAGUGGUGGAACGUGAAACAAAAACAAAAGCCUACUCUAAAGAAGGCUUGGGGCUCGCUCAGAAGGUGGAUCCUGCACAGAGGGAGAAGGAGGAAACUGGACAAUGGCUAACAAAUACAAUAGACACUCUUAACAUGCAGGUGGAUCAGUUUGAAAGUGAGGUGGAAUCUCUCUCGGUUCAAACACGAAAGAAGAAGGGGGAUAAAGAAAAGCAAGAUCGAAUCGAUGAGCUAAAGCGGUUGAUUGAGAGGCAUAGAUUUCACAUCCGCAUGUUGGAGACGAUUUUACGAAUGCUGGACAACGACUCCGUUCCCGUGGACGCCAUCCAAAAAAUCAAGGACGAUGUGGAAUACUACAUCGAUUCCUCCCAAGAUCCAGACUUUGAAGAGAAUGAGUUCUUGUAUGAUGACUUGGACCUGGAAGACAUCCCCGCAGCAUUGGUGGCAACAUCUCCUUCAGGUCAAGGCAAUGAAGAUGAAGUGUACCUGCCCUCUAGCAGCACUCCCACCUCUACCACCUCUUCUUCACCCAUCCCUCCAUCCCCAGCUACUUGCACUACUGAGAACUCAGAAGACGAUAAGAAGAGGGGACGGUCGACAGACAGUGAAGUUAGUCAGUCACCUGUGAAGAACGGCGCCCCAUCCUUGCUAUCGUCUUUUUCUUCCUCCACCACCUCUGGCUCCUCUUCAUCUUCCUCCCUCGUGUCCAUGGCGAGUGUGGUUGGAGGCAUUACCGCUGUUCCCACGAGCAGCAGUCUAAUCGGCAGCUUCAGCAGUGCGGUGCAGCAGCAUCAGCAUCAGUCCACGCAGCAGCAGCAGCAGCAGCAAUCUCAGUCCUUAAGCCAGUCACAACAACAGCAGCAAUCUCAGAGCAAACCUUCUAUCCCUUCAAACAACACCCCGAGCCCGCCCAGCAACCCUCUCAUCCCAACAUCCACUGCCCCCUCCCUCCCGACACCCAACACACUCAGCUCAUCAGCUCCCACCUCUCAGUCUACCGCUGGGCCUACAUCCACAUCCAGUUUGGGACUUGGACUGGGGCUGGAUUUAAGAAAAGGUGGAAUUACAGGGACCAGCAGUGCCAACCAAAUGCCAAGUUUAGGCUUGGGUGGCCACCCUACUCCUUUAAGCACGAUGGCUGGCUUAAUUUCUGGGUCCACACCUGCCCCUUACGCUCAGGCAGCAGCGUCGGGGGGCUUGGGUCUGAGCAGCACCACUCAGUCUAGUAAUUCAGUGGAGGGCAGCACUUCCAUCUCCACUUCUGGCUCCAGUGGAGUCACCACCAAUGGGGCUGGGACGGGGCUCGGCCUGCCGUGUCCCAGCUCGUCCCAUAACUCUUUGAGUGGGAGUAUUCUGGGUCUAGUCUCUGGGCAGGGUGUGACCUCCGGUACCUCUCAGGUGCCCCCAAGUUCUGCCAGUUCUACCGCUGGAGCUGUGAGCAUGAUGGGAGGGAAUGGAGGAAACGUUGGAGUAGUUGGCAUGAAUGCGGCUCCUGCUAGACCACCAAGUGGACCCAAGCAGAAUGGAAGCACAAGUUACAGUGCUGUUGUGGCAGAGAGCUCCACAGAAUCAGCUCUAAGCACACCCAGCCAGUCACAAAACAGCCAACCAUCAUCGCUCAGUUCUUCAACCAGUCAGCCCAUGGACAACGGGCCCAGCUUAAUCAGCUCCAUAACCCUGCCUCCCAGCUCUCCGUCCCCCUCGUUCUCAGACAGUACACCUGGCGGGGGCAGCCUCCUCAAUGGGCCUCACUCCUACACGCCGGCCUCAGAGGGUCUGAAGGUGAGCCAAGCGUCUGAGCCUCUCAGCUCUCUGAAGGCGAUGGCUGAGAGAGCCGCUCUGGGAUCAGGCCUGGAGGAGAUUUCCAACCUGCAUCUGCCCGACAGAAGUCGUAACGAUAUUUUCUCCAGUUCAUCUGCAGCUCCUGGUACCCCCUCCACCCCUCAGUCAUCCGUGUCAGAGGUCAGCAUUCCCCCAUCACUAGGGGUCUGUCCUUUGGGUCCAACCCCCCUGCCAAAAGACCAGCUCUACCAACAGGCGAUGCAAGAGGCCGCGUGGACACACAUGCCGCACCCCUCCGACUCUGAAAGGAUCAGGCAAUACCUUAUGAGGAACCCGUGCCCCACUUUGCCAUACCACCAUCAGGUACCUCCACACCACUCUGACUCCAUAGAGUUCUACCAGAGACUGUCCACAGAAACGCUCUUCUUCAUUUUCUACUACCUGGAGGGAACCAAGGCUCAGUAUCUGUCUGCCAAGGCGCUAAAGAAGCAGUCAUGGAGAUUUCACACAAAGUACAUGAUGUGGUUCCAGAGGCACGAGGAGCCCAAGACUAUCACGGAUGAGUUUGAGCAGGGCACUUACAUUUACUUCGACUAUGAAAAAUGGGGCCAGAGGAAAAAGGAAGGAUUCACCUUUGAGUACAGGUACCUUGAAGACCGAGACCUACAGUGAUGCACAGAGGGACGCAAAAAAGGACAAAGACAAAAAAACAUGCUGCUGUUGACAUUCCGAGACUGAACUCCAAACUGUGGAUAGAGAUUGUGAUGUGUAGUAGAAAUCCUCUCCUGACGCGGAGGCUGGUGUCUGUAUAGGCUGCAUCUCAACACGUAGCCCUUGCUCCUCGUGUCGUGCUCUGCCUUUGACGAAGCAGACCCUAUGGGUCUGAUCAAACGCACGGUGCUGCAUGAGCUGGGAGGGCUCUCCUUGAAGAUCUGCAUUUGUGCCUGUCUGUGCGCACACUCAGUAUGUGGCAUUAGGAAAGCCUACCCCAUGCAUGUUUCUCAUGUUUUGUUUUUUUUUUUUCUCUCUUCCGUUUGAACAUGUUUCUCUGUGUCACCCACCUAAAAAUGACACACAAACACACACACACACACACAAAAAAACAACCCUUGGAUUUAAUUGUCAAACUGCCCAUCUUGUAUUUACUGUAAUUUGGUGGAUUAGAAUGGGGAUGUACAGUGGACAUUUAGUUAUGGUGUGUAGGAAUGGCUUCUUUUAAGACCCUACGAUGCCUGUUGAAUAUGGUCACUAUUGAAGAUAUAGUGAGUUAUCAAUAGUUUUAUUGAUAUUGUCUUGGUCGAUUCAAAGAUGAUUGAGAGUGACCACAGGGCCUCUCCCUGUGACAGGGAAAGAGUCCUUAUUGGACAUGGAUUAAAUUGCUAUGCAAUUGAA